AUUUUUUUCAUUAGCAUAUUUACACCGCAAUAUAUGUCUUUUAUAAGCACAUCCCUACUCGUAUACGACAAGAUCGACAGAUAUGUAGAAAUGCAGACAAUUCAUCACCAUUGGUUAUCGUAAGCCGAAGAGGUGAGAGGAAUAGUCUUUCCAUUAGAAGUUAAAGAACACUCCAGCUCAAUCCAAUGAGGGAUGGGACCAAAGCGUUGGCUCUUGUAAUGAACAAGACCCGAGUUUUUAGAACCAGUUACUUCGAAAGAUAUAUCUAUCAUACCAUAACGUUUGUGUAGUUUACCUUUUAUCCAAGGGAAUGGGUACCUGAAUUGGAUAUUAUCACCCAAAAGCUUGAGUGCUUCUUCGGAAUUUUGCACUCGAAACAUUACAACUUGCGUAACGUUGGAGUUUUGUUUUCCGUAAUGGAUAGCAUAAAAAGCACAAGCAGCCCAAAUGAUACAAAAAAAAGCAAAGAGAGACGGAAUACGUUUGUUAUUCGAGGAAACUUCAGAAACAUCAGGAAGUCUUCUUCGAGGAGAUAAAUUGGAAACAGCACACGUAGAAGAUUUAUGGAAGAAAGCAAUCCGUUGUUGAGAAUUUUGUUUAAGAGAUAGGUUAUGCGUUUUGGAAAGCAGCGAUGGUUUUUGGCUUAUUGGCUGCCAGAACAGGGUAUGUUUAGUAUUAAGAAUUCCGUAAUUCAAAAUAUUCGCAUUUGAGUGUACAUGACUUGAAGAGGAAAUGUACCGCUGAAUCGAGUAUUUCAUGCUCCACGUACCACGAACCGAAGAUAACUUGGGAAAACCGACUCUUGGGAUUUUCAACUGUAGUAAUGCAAUCAUGUUUCCAUUAACGAGAAAAGAAAGUGGGGAUUACCAAGGAAUUCGAUUGAACUGUCUUGCAAUGAAGUUUGGUGACCAAAUUACUAUUCUUAUAACGAUGACUGGAAAGAUUGGUCAAAUGUUUAUUGUGAAUUAUGAAAGAAGUGUUGUUUCACCUCUCGUGCUCAAUGAAGACAUGUCUUCCUUACCAGAAAUAGGUGUGAGGACUGUCCUUGGUGACCGAGAUGAUUUCAAAGCCCAUUGGGGUCAGUUGCUUGCAAGCCAAAUUGGUUCACUGCUCGCAAAGCAACAAAUGGAAAACACAAGCAAUUCAAAAGUCUUAAAAUUAUGCCUAGGCCUCCAUGUUCCUUGGGACUUGUCAGAUGAGAAAAACGGCGACUUGUCAGUGUUUCUUAUGGAACUCAUUCAAAGAGUUCGAGUUUGGUAGCUUACCGUUCUUGUUAUAAAUUUUUUAGCUUCCAAUUUUGCAUUAAUAAGGUAAAUGGAAAAGCUUAUAUUAUUUGUUUCUUGAAUUUAAAGUCAGUGCAGCAUAUUUUCAACAUUAGAAAAUAUGAAGGAUUCUUUGUCACAGGAAUAAUACCGAGAAGUAUGGAUAGGAUGGAGAAUAGAACAAGAAUAAGUAAUUGCACUGUCAAUUGAGACUUCAUUGGAAUUUCGGUUGCUACAUAUUCCACUGCACUUGGUUGACGAACAGAGAUGUAUUAGUAAAC